CCUUUAACCAGCUCCGGCUCCGGCCCCGGCGGCAGCAGCUCGGACUCGGGACGGCCUGCGAUACCGGUCAGGAUGAGCAGCCUGCGGGAACUGUGCUCGGGGCUGCCCCUGAAGCCGCUGCCCCCCAACAGAGGGAGAAGCAGCGGGGUGCCCCACGCUCCCGUCCGCACCCCUGCUCUCACACCCCAGGAGGAGAAGUUGGCGGUGAGGAAUGCUUUGCGUUACUUCCCAGCGGAUCUCCACGCUGCUCUGGCCCCAGAGUUCACUGACGAGCUCAGGCAGUUUGGGCACAUCUACAUGUACCGGUUCUGUCCUCAGAUCGACAUGCGAGCGUAUCCGUUCGAGGAGUAUCCCAGCCGGUCGAAGGCUGCUGCAGCCAUUAUGCACAUGAUCAUGAACAACCUGGACCCUCGGGUCGCCCAGUUUCCUGAGGAGUUGGUGACCUAUGGAGGGAAUGGGCAAGUGUUCAGUAACUGGGCUCAGUUCUGGAUAACGAUGCACUACCUGUCCGAGAUGGGAGAGGACCAAACACUGGUGAUGUGUAGUGGACACCCCCAGGGCCUGUUCCCCAGUGUCCCCAGUGCACCCCGUGUCGUCAUCACCAACGGCAUGGUUGUACCCAAUUACUCCUCGAGGGACGAGUACGAGAAGAUGUUUGCCAUGGGAGUGACCAUGUAUGGCCAGAUGACUGCUGGAAGCUACUGCUACAUUGGACCCCAAGGGAUUGUCCACGGCACAGUGCUGACGGUGUUGAACGCUGGCCGGCGUUACCUGGGAUUGGACGACCUCAGUGGAAAAGUCUUCGUGACCUCGGGCCUGGGGGGGAUGAGCGGUGCACAGGCCAAGGCAGCCGUCAUUCUGGGCUGCGUGGGCGUGAUCGCAGAGGUGGAUGAGGCAGCGCUGAGGAAACGCCAGCAACAAGGAUGGCUGAUGGACGUGACUGACAGCCUGGAGCAGUGUGUAGUCCAGAUCAGGGAGGCUCGACAGACAAAGAAGGCCCUCAGCCUUGGUUACCAUGGUAACGUGGUGGAUCUUUGGGAGAGGCUGGUUCAGGAGUACGAGCUGACGGGAGAGUUACUGGUGGAUCUGGGAUCAGAUCAGACGUCGUGCCACAACCCGUUCAGCGGGGGUUACUACCCUGUGCAGCUAACAUUCCAGGCAGCCAACCAGCUGAUGCACACCGACCCGAAGCAGUUCCAGACACUGGUGCAAGAGAGUCUGAGGCGACAGGUGACUGCCAUCAGCCGGCUGUCGGAGAAGGGAAUGUUCUUCUGGGAUUAUGGGAACGCGUUCCUGCUUGAAGCCAAGCGAGCAGGUGCGGAUGUGGAGAAGCCGGAAGGCGAGAAGAUGGAGUUCAAGUUCCCUUCCUACGUGCAGCAUAUCAUGGGAGAAAUCUUCUCCAUGGGCUUUGGACCCUUCCGUUGGGUUUGCACCUCAGCUGACCCCCGCGACCUGGCGGAGACAGAUGCCAUCGUGACAUCGAUCCUGGAGGGGAUGAUGAGCGAGGAAGCAGGAACUGAGAAGGCAGUAAAACAGCAAUAUUCCGACAACCUGAAAUGGAUACGACAGGCUGCCAAACACAAGCUGGUGGUCGGAUCUCAAGCUCGCAUUCUAUACUCAGACCAGAGGGGCCGAAUUGCCAUUGCCCUAGCGAUCAACCAAGCUGUGGCUGCGAGCAGGCUCAAGGCUCCUGUGGUGAUCAGCCGAGACCACCAUGACGUGAGUGGAACAGACAGCCCGUUCAGGGAAACUUCCAACAUCUACGAUGGAUCAGCAUUUUGUGCAGACAUGGCGGUACAGAAUUUUGUUGGUGAUUCUGUUCGAGGAGCGACGUGGGUGUCCCUGCACAACGGAGGGGGCGUUGGCUGGGGAGAGGCAGUGAAUGGAGGGUUUGGGCUGGUGCUCGAUGGUUCCAAGGAUGCUGAGGAGCGGGCGAAGGUGAUGCUAAACUGGGAUGUGUCCAAUGGGGUUUCACGCCGCUGCUGGUCUGGCAGCCUCAGUGCCUACCAGACUAUCCGCAGGACGAUGAGGGAGAACGACCGCCUGAGGGUCACUCUCCCCCACAGGGUGGAGGAUGAGGCCAUGCUCGAUCGAGCCCUGCAGAGAGAGACCGUGUGACCGUUCCCGAACUGACAGCCUCCGUGACCCAGUUUUGUCUGAACCCCACGCCACAAAACGGCCGGCCUAAUCCGUUCGUGAUCAGUGACCAAUGUUAUCAUCUUCAAUCACAAGCACGUAAUCACUGGGGUAGGAGGAGUCCAUUUGAACGUUGCCCCAUCAGUCACCAAGAUCAGAAUCAGAGUCCGGUUGAUAGACAUAGAGUCAUAGAAAAGUACAGCAGAGAAACAGGCCCUUUGGCCCAUCUAGUCCAUACCAAACCAUUUAAACUGCCUUCUCCCAUCGAUUUGCACUGGGUCCAUAGCCCUCCAUAUCCCUACCAUCCAUGUACUUAUCCAGACUUCUGUUAAACGUUGAAAUCGAGCUCGCAUGCUUCACUUGCACUGUCAGCCCAUUCCACACUCUCACAACCCUCUCAGUGAAGUUUCCCUUAAACGUUUCACCUUUCACCCUUAACCCAUGACCUCUAGUUGUAGUCCCACCCAACCUCAGUGGAAAAUGUCCCAGAUCCUUUGUUCUACUGCACUCCUCAGUGUCCUUUCAUUCACUGUGUAAGACCAACCCCCAAUCUUGAUGUCAUCUGCAGUUAACCACAUUAUCAUUGGUACAGAUGACAAACAACAACUGACCCAGCAUCGAUCCCUGCAGCAAUCCACUAGUCACAGGCCUCCAGUCAGAGAGGCAACCAAUGUAUAAUCCAAUUUACUGAAUGCCAUGCGACUGAACCUUCCUGUUCAAUUUCCCAUGUGGGACCUUGCCAAGUACCUUGCUAUAGUCCACUUCCUUGCCUCCAUCAGCUUUCCUGGUAAUUUCCUUGGAAAAACUCUACAAGGUUGGUUAGACAUGACUAAUGACGCACAAAGCAAUGUUGACCCCGUCCAUCCGAAUACUAAUCAGUCCCUGUCUGUCUGAAUCUCUCUCUCUGGCUAUCCAUCCCAUAGGAUGAUGAUGGUUCCUUUCGAUCAGUUAGUGGGGUUGACCCCACUCCUCAGAAAGGAACAGCGUGUGUGUGAAUGGAUUUUAGGUGAGUAGGGGGUUGCACAGGUCCAGACCCAGCCUCUCAACAUCCCCUCCCGGAUCCGGGGGCAUGGUGGGGUCCAACACGGCUGGGGGAAGCCAAAUACUCAUAUAUCGGGUCCCUUAGAAGACCUCUCAAUAACUUUCCAACAAUUGAUGUCAUGCUUACUGGCUAUAAUUUCCUGGUUUAUGUUUAGAGCCUUUCUUAAACAGCGGAACAACAUUAGCUAUCCUCCAUUUCUCUGGUACCUCUCCUGUCACUAAGGAUGAUUUAAAUAUCUCUACUAGGGCCCCAGCAAUUUCUGCAUUUGUCUGCUGUAGGGUCUGAGGGAACACCUUGUCAGGCCAUGGUUUGCCCAGGGUAGCAAACACCUCCUCACCUGUAAUCUGCGUAGGGUCCAUGACCUCGCUGCUGCUUUGCCUCACUUCUAUGGACUGUUAGUUUUCCAAGUAAAAACAAAUGCAAAAAAAUACAUUUAAGAUCCCCCCGUCUCUUUUGGCUCCAUGCAUAGGUUUCCACUCUGGUCUUCCGGAAGACCAAUUUUGUCCCUCUCAACCCUUUUGCUCUGAACAUAGCUGCGGAAUCCUUUAGGAUUCUCCCUCACCUAGGGCAACCUCAUGCCUUCUUUUAGCCAUCCUGAUUUAUUUCUUAAUUGUUCUCUUGUAUUUCUUGUACUCCAUAAGCACCUCAUGUUCCUACCUGCCUAUACCUGCUAUGCACCUCCUUUUUAGUCUCUUAAUCAGGACCUCAAUAUCUUUCAAAAACAAACAUUCCCUAAACCUGUUAUCCUUGCUUUUUAUUUUGGCAGACACAUACAAGCUCGGUACUCUCAAAGUUUCACUUUUGACAGCAUCCUGCUUUCUAAGUACCUCUUUGUCAGAAUACAGCCUGUCCCAAUCCACACCCGCCAGAUCCUUCUGCUACCAGCAGAUGUCGUGAAGUCUGUUGUUUUGCAGCAGUACAUUAAAUAUACUGUAAACGACAAUAAGAAGUAGAUUUAUAAUAUAUUAAAUAAGUGGUGCAAAAGUAGAGAAAAUAGUUAGGUAUUGCUCGGGAUUGGUUCAAUGUCCGUUCAGAAAUCUGAUGGCGGAGGGGAAGAAGCUGUUCCUGAAUGACAGAGUGUGUGUCUUCAGGCUCCUGUACCUCCUCCCUGAUGGUCUGUAUUGACGAGAUAAGGGGGUCACCUGGGCGGACAUGCUGUUUGAAGUUAUGGGCAAGUGUUAAUAGCUCUCUCAUGCCCCUGCUGACAGCAUGUUAUGUUGGAGACAUUGCUGAGGCCCUUUUGGAGUAUUGUGUGUAUUUCUGGUCCCCUACCUACAGGAAAGAUGUAAAUGAGAUUGAAAGAGUGCAGAGAAAAUUUAGACAGUUGUCACUGGGACUGGAGAACCUGAGUUACAGGGAAAGAUUGAAUACAUUAGGACUUUAUUCCCUGGAGCGUAGGAGAACGAGGGGAGAUUUGAUAGAGAUAUACGGAAUUAUGAGGGGUAUAGACAGGGUAAAUGUAAGCAGGCUUUCCCACUGAGUUUGUAGCAGAAUUAGGCCAUUCAGCCCACCGAGUCUGCUCUGCCAUUCCAUCAUGGCUGACUUAUUAUUCCUCUCAACCCCAUUCUCCUGCCUUCUCCCCGUAACCUUUGACGCCCUGCCUAAUCGAGAACCUAUCAACCUCUGCUUUAAACAUACCCAAUGACUCAGCCUCCACAGACAUCAGUGUCAAUGAAUUCCUCAGAUUCACCACCCUCUGGCUAAAGAAAUUUCCUCCUCAUCUCUGUUCUAAAUGGACGUCCCUCGAUUCUGAGGCUGUGCCCUCGGGUCCUAGACUCCCCCAGUGUAAGAAACAUCCUCUCCAUGUCCACUCUAUCUCGGCCUUUCAGUAUUCAAUAGGUUUCAAUGAGACCUCCCAUCAUUUUUCUAAACACUGCGUCGAGGCCCUGAGCCACCAAACGCUCCCGAUAUGUUAACCCUUUCAUUACCAGGACCAUUCUCGUGAAUCUUCUCUGAGGGUGGUGAGAGUUUCUCCCCAGGUGAACCUCAUCCUGACUGAUCCCAUCCUCUGACAACAAGGGAAUGUGCUGGAGAUUAUUAACUCUUCUUCAGUCACCCACCAUCUCCUCUUGACUCUGACAAAGUGAUCAGAACAAAACAGUCAAAGGCUUUUUUUUCUGUGCACAAGAACUUUGUUAACAACUUCCUGUAAUCAAAAGGUCACAAACAUCCAGGAAUAAAAAUGAAUAUUGUUACACCA